GCACACGCACGCUGAUAAGUUAAUGGUCCAAUGCCAUGAGAACCAAGGUUUGAUUUAUACAGAUCAGAUCAUAUAUAUGACAUCUCGCACUUUAGGGCUCUUCCUCCCAUUUGACCAGAGUUUAUUUAUAGCAAGUGCCGUUUUCUUCGAGGUGGAUAUGCGGUGGAGAGCCUCGGAGGACUAUUGAUUUUUAAAUUGCUUCCGAAGCCUCGGAGAACACUAUCUGUCUUGAAUCUUCCAUAUUCGGAGUACACGGAUUACACAGUACGGACUGUCUGACCAUUCUAGCGGACCAUGGUUGAGGCCAAUAAUUCUGGACACUAUUGGCGUUUGAAACCUUCCUUCUAAGAUGUCUUGCAGUCAAUGUUUGUGUAUUGACUUCAAGCGAGAACUCCGUCUUUUUCCAUUUGGUGGAUCCGGUACCUGGAUAUGAUAUGACAUCUUGGCGGCUUUUCCCUUUCCGAAUUAAGGCUGGAUGUGACGCUGGAGUUUGGUGAUUGUGCACUAAACGCACUGGUGCGUGUUCAGACUGCCCAAUGACGAGUAGCGAGUUUAACCUCGGCCACGGCUGUAUUAACCUUAGUAUUCAAGAUGACAUGCGAUAGACCUUAACCGCGAAGACCCUGCAGGACGGUCGCCAGAUGGACAGAGGCCUUUGUUAAUAAUGGCAACUUCAGGGGUGGGUGCCAUUCUUGCUCUUAGGUGUGUGGAGUCGGGUUCGAGAGACAACUAUGGACGCAUUCUUCUGCCAGCUGCUCGCCAUAGGCAUACGGAGAUCACACAGCAGCUUUCUCAUUGUUAAGGGCGUCGAUCCAAAUGUAAAAGAGGUCAAGGAUACUACACCCCUUCAUCUCGCCAUGAAGCUUCGAAAUAUCAUCAUGAAGCAGCUUAUUGCCAUAGACGCGGUGGACCCGGAAUGGAAACAUAAUCGCGCGGAUAUGCCUGCUGAUAGUGGUACGAUACCAGUACUUCGAGGCAGCUGAGCUCUUAUUCUCCAUGAGACGCAUGCAGAUUGACCCCGGGUGUUGGGAAGGGACCGAAAAAGUUAUAUAUGGUUACUCUUGAAGGCUAUAGCGAGAUCGUCAAGUCUUUCAAGAUAGCUAAGUAAUGUCACUGGUGUUUAACAGUAGGGGUAUGACCAUUGUGAGUACGAUAUCAGGGCGUGAAAGAGUGAGUGAUGUUCUAGUCCUUACGGAGCACUUUGGACGGUGGGUGCGUGUCCUAGACUGAUAAAGGACGUCUCCUUAAGGCGAGAUCACGUGAGCUCCCCAUGGACAUUUGGAGUCACUCCGACUCGCUCGGAGACAGUGCCAGUUUCAUGCACAACGAGUGCACUAAGUAAUAAAAGAAAAGACAGUGGAUAUGACAUUUGCCCCUCCCUCAAUGGUGGGUGCGAUUCCUAUUGCCCGGGUAAACACCGUUAUUAUGUCCCCACCAGGGUGAAGAUCAGAUCAUAUGGCUUUUCGUUAAUCCAGUUCCGUCCAUUUCCUGUUCGGACAAGUCGCCGGUUUAGUGCUGCUAGUAGUGGUUAUAGCAGGGAAACAUUUCUAUUAUUAAUCACAGAGUUACCUUGCUGGAAAGUCGGUCAGCCAACACAAGGCAAAUUACUGGGUAGUAGUUGCCUCGUCGGAGUUUAUCUUUCAUGGCCAUGGCUCUGCUUCGCCUGUCCGGGAUUAGGGCAAUGCCGUCGUAGCUCGAUGAAGAAAAGAAGAGGGGAUGAAUCCUCCAGAGAAGAUGAUCUCCUCGGAUUAUGCUGAAUUCGGCAAGAUCUUCGCUGUCAGGAUAAUUUCCGCACACUUGGCCCUACAUAUAAU